CAGAACUUGGGCAUCCAUACUCGCCUGUCCAGUCAACCGACAACUUAUCAAAUCCAUCAAUCACCAAUACGACCUUUGGUCCCUUAUAUCGUCGUCCGCCACCAUCAAGCCGUGACUCUGCUAUCAUUGGCUUUCUGGUAGUCCUUGAGCACUACCCUGAAUAAUGACGAAAUGAGCUCCUUUUUCUUAUAUUCAAGUCUGGCACACUCAAUUCUGCUUUUGUAUCUACACUCAUCACAACCACGCGCACACGCACAUACCCCCCCCUGCUUGAUUGUCUGCUACUUUUUUGCAGCGUUCCCUCAUUCUUUUCCUUUGUCCUCAGUAUUCUUUUUUUUCAGAGCUUCCUGCGCCAGACUGCUCGUUGCUGUCAGCAUGCUCCCGAUCUUUAGCCUUGUCUCCGACCCGAGUCUUAUAUCAAAGGGUGCAAUGGUCAGCAGCAUUGUGACCUAACGAAAACUGGAGCUUCUCAACCAUGGCGACGGUUCUUCUAGCGAAGCAAGAAGCAAGGGUUAUUUCUCAAACGGUGGACGGACAGUCACAAAACUUGGGAGGGAACUCCCCUGUUUGGGUUUCGACGACAAACCGAACCAAGAUCAAAUCAUUUUUCCUGCCGUGCCAAGUCGGGAGCAAAAGCUGAACGAAUCUUCUGGAAAAGUGGAAUUCUAUUCGGCAAACGAGAGUCAAUCCCUGACGUGGAUUGAGAGAAGAUCUAAACCGGCAACCGAGCAAGGAGAGCGAGGGAGAUAGAGAGGGGGAAAGGAGUAGGAAGACUUGAAAGGAAUAUUGGGGUUCAAGGAACAAAAGAAGGAAGGCGAACACCAAAACAAACCCCCCUGGUUAUAAUACCAUCUUAUCUUAAUUCCCACGAUCCUCUUGUACAUGGUCUGGUUUUCUCUCCCGUCUUUUCAUCAGUCGUCGAGAUCAUCAUCCAUCCAUAUUACGCAUUACUACUACAAGUCGAACUAGUCAGUCAACCCAGAACUAAACAUACUACUUGGUUUAUCCUCC